AUGGAGGAGGGUAAAUCCACCCUCAAGCGGACAUCAUCAGCGCCAUCCAUCGCGCAGACAUUCUCACCAUGCCGCGAAGCCCUCUUCAUCACAAUAGUCUGCAUGGCGCAGUUCAUGACACAAACAAACGUCGGCGUUUGUCUAUCAAAUCUCGACAUCCUCGGCGCUAGCUUCGGGGUCACCGACUCUGGCAUCCUGAGCUGGUUCCUGGCCGGCUACUCGCUGACUGUCGGCACAUUCAUCCUGAUAUUCGGGCGAUGCGGCGAUCUCUUCGGUUACCGACGCAUGUUCCUAUCGGGCUUCAUUUGGCUCGCGAUCUGGUCGCUAGUCGCUGGUUUCAGCGUAUAUUCGAAUCAUAUCUUGUUCAUCCUUGCGCGGGUCCUGCAGGGUAUUGGGGCUGCGAUGUUGUUACCGAAUGGACUGGCCAUUCUGGGUGCGACAUACCCGCCUGGCAAAAAGAAGGCCAUGAUUUUCGCACUGUUUGGUGCUGUGGCACCGAAUAGUGCGGUAUUGGGCGCAGUCUUCAGUGCCAUCUUCUCACAAUUAGCGUGGUGGCCAUGGACGUUUUGGAUGCAGGCUAUUGUUGCGGUCGUCUGUGCUGGACUGGGUUUGUUGGUUGUUCCCUCCAUCCACCAUGAUACCUCACCCGAUACAAGUACGUGGGUGAACCUGUUCAAAGCGCUCGAUGCACCUGGCGCGUUCUGCGGUAUCGGCGGGCUGGUCCUUGUCAAUAUCGCGUGGAACCAGGCCCCGGUUGCGGGCUGGAGUACUCCAUACGUCUAUGUAUUGCUGAUAAUCGGCUUACUGCUGAUCGUCGGGUUUUUCGUGGUAGAGUUCCGCUUCGCCGAACACCCUCUGAUUCCUUUCCACGCUUUCGGCCGGGAUGUCUCGUUUGUAUUGGGCUGUGUAGCGUGUGGAUGGGGCGCAUUUGGCACGUGGAUCUGGUACUUCUGGAGGUUCCAGAUGGAGUAUCGAUAUACCAGCCCUUUGUUGGCAGCGGCGGAGUUUGUGCCCGCAGCGCCAAUUGGUAUACUUGCCUGUUUUGUCACCGGCUUGCUUAUUGCAAGACUCCGGCCAGGGUGGAUCAUGAUAAUGUCCAUGACGGCAUUUACGUUGGGUAACAUCUUCACGGCAAUCGCGCCCGUGCAUCAGACCUACUGGGCUUUGACCUUUGUGUGUCUGCUAGUGAUCCCGUGGGGGAUGGACAUGUCGUUUCCGGCGGCGACGUUGAUGUUGUCGAACUCGGUGGAGCGGAAGCAUCAGGGCAUUGCAGCGUCACUAGUGACCACUGUUGUUAAUUAUAGUAUUUCGCUCAGUUUGGGCUUUGCAGGGACGGUGGAGGUGCAUGUUAACAAUGGGGGAAGGACACCCGAGGACGUGCUGAAGGGUUACCGGGGUGCAUUGUACUUUGCCACGGGACUUGGUGGGUUGGGCAUUCUUCUUAGUGUGGUAUUUACGAUGAAGUGCUAUUGGGAAGAGCAUCGAUCCCACGCUGUUGAUGAUGCAGCAGCUGAGCAGCGAUCUAUGAGUACAUUGGCUGAAGGUCAGUGA